CUACGUUAAAGUUGUUGAGACGGAGUAUCAACGACUUCAGAAAAAACGAUGUAAUGGAGUGCGGGAAUAACCAAGAUGGCGUAGCAUUUCACGCACCGAACGAGAUGCGUGUUUCUACACUUGUGCAAUCUGCUUGUUGUUCGUUAUUUCUUUAAUUAACAGAAAAAUCAUUACCAGAAGUGAAAUUCUGAGUGAGCUACACAAUUGAAAUACACACGGAAUGCUACAUGGUUCUGUAACAUAGUAAAAUCCUUAGUUUCCCGCGCGUAUUUUGAUGUUCAUUGGACCAUUCUACGAAUUUUUUUGGCACCGUUUAUGUCAUAUUUUGUAUUUAUAGCGAUAAUACGUAUCGUAGAGAGAUAGGGUUUGGCUUCUUCUGUUCCUUGCCUGCAUCAUUAUAAUUUUAUUCUGCGUGAAGUUUACGAAUCUAAAUUAAUUUUGUGUUCCAAAUUCUGUGAAAAUGGGUCUGCCUUAUGAUUGGCAGAUAAAUAAACAAAAGAUAUCAGAACGCAUCCAAUAUUUAUUGGAGACAGGACAAUGGUCAGACUGCAAUUUUAUUGUUGGGGAAGAACCUCAUCAACAAACACUAAAAGGACAUAAAUUAUUUUUGGCUAUGUCUAGUCCUGUGUUCGAAGUGAUGUUUUUUGGAGGCAUGGCAGAAAAAAAUGAUCCGAUACCGAUACCAGAUAUUCAACCAGAAGCAUUUAAGGCUCUGCUAGAAUAUAUAUACACAGACCGAGUUGAUUUGGGUUCUUUUGAGUUGGCUUGCGAAUUAUGCUAUUGUGGCAAGAAAUAUAUGCUUCCUUCAUUGGUAGAAGAAUGUACAAAGUAUCUAUGGUCUGAUUUAUCACCAAAAAAAGCCUGCAGAGCUUAUGAAUUUGCUAAGUUGUUUGAGGAACCUGUGCUUAUGGAAAAAUGCCUCCAAAUUAUUUGCACAAAGACAUGUGAAGUUUUAAAAGAAUCUAGUUGGAAAGAUGUUGAAUUAGGAACUGUCUUAACCGUAUUAGAACAAGAAAAUUUACAAAUAAAUUCUGAAAUAGAAUUAUUUUAUGCUAUGGAAUCUUGGGCAAAAGCAGAAUGCGUAAGGAAAUCUCUUGAUGCCAAUGAUGGAAAAUUUUUAAGAUCUGUAAUUGGUAAUGCUUUAUUCGAGAUUAGAUUUUUAAGUUUAAGUCCUCAGGAAUUUGCAGAAGGGCCAGGAAUGUCAUUAUUGCUUACUAAAGAUGAAUCUUUUGCAAUUCUUAUGAAUAUACUGUGUACUAGUAAUAAAGCACCUAUGCCUGAAGGAUUUUCUACUAAUGCACACAGUAGAAUUAAACCAUUAAAAAUGCCAACUACAAAUAAAGAGUAUGCAUUGAAUGUACAUGUAGGAUGUAGGAUGGAAGGACCAAAGUACUGUAUGAGAAGUAUACUUCAACAAACAGAUUGUGCCAAUGCAGAUACAUUAGAUUCAUCUGUUACUUUUAUUGUAGAUAAAAGUAUUUGUAUACUGGGUGUACAAGUACCAACGCAAAUUAUGGGUGCAGCUAGUAAUAUGAAUCAUGUUGUUAAUCGUGAUACAUCAUAUACUGAAAUUUUGUAUGCUCACCUACUUGAUUCUGAUGGUACUCGUUUAACUUAUACACAUUUAUCGACAAAAGUAAAUAUUAAUACUCUCGUGGAAAUUACGUUUAAUCGACCUGUUUACAUUCGGGAAAAUACGGUUUAUCGAGUUGGUGUCGUUUUUAACAAAAUCGGUUGGUACCCAAUGGGAGUCUGUGCUCAAAAUGUAACCUGUGAUAAUGUAUAUUUCUCGUUUGGUAUCGGCGACAAUGUAAAUAGUGUGCGAGAUGGUCUUAUUCGAUCUAUAGUAUUUAUUCAUCAUUAAUUGUUGGUAUUACAUACCAACAAUAAAAUUGUCUUACAUAAAAGAAUUUUAAAUACGUAUUUUGAAUUUGUGAUAAGACAGAAGUCUGCAAUAUGCAUUAUUACUAUUGUAUAUUAUAUUAUUAGUGCAUUAUUUUAUUUUUCAAAUUAUAUUGGUGCUAUCCUUUAUAACAAAUUUAAACUAAACAACUGUACAAAAUUAUACUCAUUGGUUCUAGUUAUAAUGAAAGUCAGCCCUGUAAAAAACGAAGUUCUUAAUUUAUAUAAAAGUAUUAAGGUUUGAAAAACAAAUAAGAAACCUGGAUUUUAACAAUUAAGUGUCUUUAUUAAAACUAACAUUGCACAUUAAUAUCAUAUGUAUCUACUUCUGUUUC